AUUGUGAAAUAAGCAAACCCUACGAGCUCGCUACUAUAAUAUAAACCGACCAUUUUAUGUUUCCCUUCGUCGCCGCCAAACUGAUCUCAGCUAGUUCUUCUUCAUCACAGAUCGUUCUUUGUUGUUCCAAGUCAAAUCUGUAAAAAUGCAGAACGAAGAAGGUCAGGUCACAGAGCUCUACAUUCCAAGAAAAUGCUCGGCAACAAACAGAUUGAUCACAUCAAAGGAUCAUGCUUCUGUUCAGCUUAACAUUGGUCACCUUGAUGCUAAUGGUGUGUACACCGGCCAAUUCACCACCUUUGCUCUCUGCGGAUUUGUCCGAGCUCAGGGAGAUGCAGACAGUGGCGUGGACAGGCUCUGGCAGAAGAAGAAGGUGGAAGCAAAACAACAGUGAGAGAGAAGAUAAAUCAGAAAGCUCUGCCUCUUAGUUUGUUUUUCUUGAGGUUUCCAUUUGCUAUUAGCAAUGUGGCUUCGUUAGUUUCUCUAUAUGCGAAUUCAUGUUUCGGAUCUUUUCUGGUUUAUGAAAGAUAAUUAUUGGGCUUUGAGGCCAAUAUGACCACAUUAUGAUUGUUA